AUGGAAGAAGAUCAUCAUACCAUCUUCCCUCAAGAUUCCGAUCUUGACCUCAGUUUCACCUCCAUCGCCACCACCACCACCACCACCAUAGCCUCCUCCAGUGCCCGCUCUAGUCUUGCUCGCUCAAGUUUAUGUCUCAGUUUUAACGAAUCCACUCGUCUCUCCUCCGCUUCUGCUUCCACCUCCACCACCACCACCACCACCGUCCCCAACCUCCAUUCUCGUCCUCACCGGAAAUCUGAUACCAACUGGUCCGCCAUUAAAGCUGCCACCAACCUUUCCUCUGAUGGAACUCUCCACCUGCGCCACCUCAAGCUUGUAAAACUUGUCGGGUCGGGUAAUCUUGGCCGGGUGUUCCUUUGUCGUCUCCGUGACUAUGAACAUUCCAAUUUCGCCAUUAAAGUCGUUGAUAAGAACUCAUUAACCUCCAAGAAGCUCUCUCAUGUGCAGACGGAAGGUCGGAUUCUUUCCUCUCUCGACCACCCGUUCCUCCCCACGCUUUACGCUCAUCUAGAAGUUUCUCACUACACGUGCUUCCUCAUUGAUUUUUGCCCUAAUGGCGACCUUCAUUCCUUGCUCCGGAAGCAACCUAAUUUCCGGCUACCGAUCGACUCUGUUAGAUUCUACGCGGCGGAGGUUUUAGUAGCUCUUGAAUACCUCCACUCACUUGGGAUCGUGUAUCGGGAUUUGAAGCCGGAAAACAUUUUGAUUCGAGAAGAUGGUCACAUUAUGUUGUCGGAUUUUGAUUUGUGUUUCAAUGCCGACGUUGUACCGAAACUGGAUAACAGAAUCCAAGGGACGACGUCGUCGUCAAGCGGGAAACACCGGAGUCGUUGCUACGGUGGGAACCGGCGCCGGAGACGUACGGAUGAAGAAAUUGUGACGGAGUUUGUAGCGGAGCCGACGACGGCUUUUUCGAAAUCAUGCGUCGGGACUCACGAGUAUUUGGCGCCGGAAUUGGUCAACGGGAGCGGCCAUGGCAACGGCGUUGACUGGUGGGCGUUUGGUGUACUGGUGUAUGAGUUAUUGUACGGAAGAACGCCGUUCAAGGGAGGGAGCAAAGAGUCCACCCUGCGCAAUAUAGCAUCUAGCAGGGUAGUGACGUUUGAAGUAACAGGAGAUGCUCCGCCGUGGAUGGCGGAGGCUAAGGAUUUGAUAGAAAAAUUGUUGGUAAAGGAUCCCCGGAGAAGACUAGGGUGUAGCAGCGGUGCGACGGACAUUAAACGGCAUCCAUUCUUUGACGGAAUAAAGUGGCCGUUGAUCCGUACGUACACCCCGCCGGAGCUCCGUGGGGUGACGGUGAAGAGAAGUAGCAGAUCACACGCUAGUCACGUGAGCACUCCCUCCAAGAGACGGCGGUGGAUUUGGAAGGGCCUUAAUUAUCUAUUGAUGAAAAGCAAGGGGUGUAAACGAAAUUUAAAUUCCAACCAAAACUAUUAUUGUUAUAGCAAAAGUGACAAUAUUGUCAAAAAAUGUGGUAAAAAAUAGAUAGAAUCAAACUUCAGGGACUGAAUACAUAAAUUUUUGUUCAUAUGUUUUCUAUUGGCUUUUUUGAUGGGAAAUAUAUUUUAGAGUACUUCUUGUUACAACAACAAAAAUUAUAGAUCAUGUCUUUAUGGUUGCA